AUGCUCUUUCCAAUCCUCUCAUUAACCACUAUCGCCUUGUCAACAGGCACAGCAGCAGCCCCAGCCCCAGACAAAGCCCUAUCCCGCGCCGUCUCCGCCGCAAACACCCUGCAGUCCUGGUACAACAGCGCGACCGGAAUCUGGGAUACAUGCGGGUGGUGGAACGGCGCAAACUGCAUGACGACACUGGCGAACCUCGCCGCGCUGGACCUCGACGACGGCGCCAGGGACAUCGCCGAGGGCGUCUUCCAGAAUACAUUCGCCGUCGCGGCGAACCAGAACCCGUACCCUGAGCGAGGGGCCGCGGUCAAGUAUACCUCGAAGAACGGGAAGGCGUAUGAUCAGCAGCAGGGGGAUGAAGGGAAUGCUCCCACCGGGGCAGCGAAUGCGUCGCUGUGGUUGGAUGGAUCGUAUGACGACGAUGGCUGGUGGGGGCUUGCGUGGGUCGCGGCGUAUGAUGUUACAGGUCAAAAGGACUAUCUGGACCUGGCGGAGGGGCUGUUCCACCAGCUGAGCAACUCGUGGCCCUCCAAGUGCGGCAACGGCGGGAUCGACUCGGAUUCCACACACGUCUACGUCGGCGCAAUUGCAAACGAGCUCUUCCUGGCCCUGGCUGCUGCGCUGGCGAACCGCGCGGACGACAGCGCCCACUACCUCGACUGGGCGAAGCGCCAAUGGACCUGGUUCUCGGACAGCGGGCUCAUCAACGACCAGCACACCAUCAACGACGGCCUGAUGGACGACUGCACCAACAACGGCGAUACAGUGUGGACGUACAACCAGGGCGUUAUCCUCGGCGGGCUGGUAGAGCUGCACCGCGCCACAGGGAACGACUCGUCCAACUCGACGUAUCUAGACGAGGCCGAGAAGAUCGCCAAGGGGGCCAUCGCGGAAUUAACCGACGACGACCACGUCGUGCAUGAACCAUGUGAGCCGGAUGACUGCGGUGCCGACCAGACGCAGUUCAAGGGCAGCUUUAUCCGGAAUCUGAGGGCGCUGCAUGCUGUCGCGCCGGACGAUGUCUAUGCCAAGGUGAUUAAGGCUUCUGCUGAGAGUCUUUGGAAGAAUGAUCGCACUGAUGACGAUAGGCUUGGGGUUGACUGGUCUGGCCCUGUUGAUGGGGAUAAGGUCGAUGCUUCGACGCAUAGCGCUGCGAUGGAUGCACUGGUUGCGGCCAUCCGGGUGUAG